AAGAAGAAAAAUGGUUAUAGGGGACAGAUUCGCUCCCAGAUUUAAAUUGCAAUGCAUCUACCUUCCACACAAGUUCAAUGAUUGUAUAUAGGGUGGAAUCCCCGUAUACAGCUGGAAUCCCCUCGUUUGCAGACGAGAUUUACGAAGGAACGAAGCAGAGGUAGCUUUCGUCAAAGUAAACACACAGGAAAGAAAUAACUGUCAACCAAGCCAAGCUGCAUGCCCUUUUGGAAAAAGAAGAAGGAACAUUUCCCUCAAUAUGCCAAAGCUAGAGUUUGGAAGCCUUGAAAUGACACCAAUGUACAAUGUUUCAGCAGACAACGAGCGGAAGAAGGAAGAAUUAGAUUCGCCGACAAGGAUAAUGACCAAUGAUUUGCACGAAUUUGAUUUGACAAUGCCGGAAGCAGAUGAACCUAUGAAGCUGGAGGAGAUAUCUCUAACUGAGAGCGACGAGAGUACCAGGCACGUUAAAAAGUCCAGAAUAAUCGGAAUUAAAAAAGUACAGUUAACAUCUGGCUCAGCUCCACGGUACAUGUUCAUAGUUAAACUCGACUGGGAUGAUGGCACAGUCACUUUCAUAAACCGAGAUCAUGACGACUUUUUCAGGUAUCACUGCUGGGUUCUCGAUACAUUUAAGAGGGAAGCUGGUCACGGAGACGAUCCCCGCACAAUCCCGAUGUUACCAGGUAAAAAAUGGUUUAGAAAUGACAUACGCUUGGCUGGAGAACGAAGACCUUUAAUAGAGACCUACCUAAACAAACUCACAAAGUUGAAAAGAAUUCGCGAAAGUAAACAGGCCCAGGCGUUUUUUGGAAAGAGGCCAGGAGAUCCAAAGGAGGACGAUCCAAUUUUGCAAGAAGCCAUUUUGGACUGUGAAGAUGAUGAUGGCACUUCAUGGACACGAGAGAGACCAAAGCUUGAACUUGACCCGAAACUGAUAUCCACAGGUGGAAUGGAGGGUAGCCAUGAAAACGAAACAUUCCAGCCUGAUCCAGAUGAUGAUAUUAACAGAACUGGAGACAAUACACUUGAAGACAACUCGUGUAAUGACGAUAACCGAAUUGAAACGAACCACGAAUCAAAGAGCCAAGACAGCCAAGAUUUUGGAGAAGAUUCCUAAAAUAGCUGUGAGCGGAGCGGGACUAUCGAUUGGUUUGAAAAAGACCAGCAAAUGAGCAAUGGGCAAAUAUUUGUAAAUGUAUGAUUUUACAAUCCGUUGUAAAUAUUUGAGUACUUUGAUCCUCUAACGACGAUAACAUCACUUUAAAGGGUUUCAGAGUUCGUUAUGCGCUAUGGAGGACAAGGGGUUUGGGAUCACUCAUUAGAUCUUUUGUACGGGUUUUCUUGCAAUUUCUUAAGUAUUUACAAUUUCCAGCAAUGCAUGCUUAAAAUUCGACAAUAGGGUGUCUGUAACUUACACUUUGUCGAUCGCAAACAGGGAUUGUAUUUUGCAUUUUUCUUGUAGUGUUUAAAGGGCCUUUCAAGCCUAAACUUUUAAUCCCCGUCAGUUACAAAAUUUUGUGUAAAAUUAAACCUGUUGAUCACGAAUUUUUUAUUUGUUUUUUAAUAUUUUGAACAGUUUUACAGUUAUAUACGUUCCUUUCAACACGACGAAAAGAAUCUUCGAUUUGGUGACACUAUGACGUGAUUUUGAUGGCAGAAUGUAAGUUCUGUUGUGUUCGAAGAAGUUUAAGCUUUUCAAAAUGUAAAUUUGAAGCUUUAAUUUAUUUUCCAAUACCAGAUAUGAAUCAAAGGCAAAAUACUCGAGAGAAAAGCAGGUACGCCUAGCUAGACCGAAGUGAGAGCCAGUUAAAACACAGAGCUUUUCCAGAAGUUACUUUUAGAUACUUAAAAAGAUAGCAAUUUUCGCCAAUAAGGUCAUUCAUAUUGUGAAGUAGCAGUCCCACCAACUUCUCAUUUACCCUCAGAUUUUUCUCGGAAGAUAGGCAUUUUGUCAACCCUAUAACUUAAUGAAUAGCUGGAAUUUUGCAAUUCAGGUUUUAUCAUACUACAAGCAGCUUUAAUUACCUUCUAAUUCAGUUCUGGCUUACAGAGCCCCUUAAACGUAAAUGUUUUCAUAUUGCUAUACCCAAUACAAAAAGACCCAACAGCUCCUUGGGUUUGAGCCUGGAUGGUUUAGUUGAAAUACUUGCACUCCAUACUUGCAUAAAAUCAUUCGCAUUUGCACCAAUCUCAAGUCUUGUACUGGGGCCGAGCUGCCUCGCGACGGACCUGUUUGAUUAGACCAGGCUGUGAUUAAUCUGAACACCCAAGAUUGCACUCUGCAUGCAGAGGUUUGAAGAAAAGUUUUUUGACCAUACACAAUGAGCUGAGAUUUAAGAAUAUUUCUCUUCAGUGUAAAAUAAGUGUUCCCCUCCCAGUGGUGGCACCAGGUGUGAUGUGGUGGUAUUGGGGGGGGGGGGGGCUUUGUAGAACGCCCCAAUUUUCCAGAGCUCAUUAAUUAUUUAAUUUUAUUGAGGAUUUUUGAAAAUUUUUUGCUAAAUAAAAACGUGCUCCAGUUUGUUCCGCUUUAUCGUUUUACCUUUAUCCUUCAACAAUCGAUGAAAUGGGCUUUGAAAAAAUGUGAUUCAUUCUUCAUACUUUCCUUUUUCUCUUGAAAACUUAAUUUCUUCCUUUAGUUGAUAGGGUUCGUGGAGAAGCAACCCAAUUCACUAACCCAUUUCUGGGAUUUGCGGUCAGUGAUUGGUCGAAAAAAGGAUCCAAUCAAACGCGCCGUUCUUCCUUUCAUGUUAUUUUCGAUCUUCACCUUGAUAACACCCCUGUGUAACAAACCCCGUGAGAACUGUCCCCGGCGAUAAAUUUUUUGACAAGAGAGUCUCCUUUCAAAUAAUCGAAAGACACGGGCAUUUUGUCAUUUCCCCACGUCCCUUUCUACCCUGGGUUCCAGAGCGUCAAGUGGUGAGUUGGGAAAAAGGUUCCCCAAGGCUCUCGAAGCUUGAAGCUCUGGAACCCAGGGUAGUCCCCGCAAGCUGUGAAUUUUGAAUGCAACUUUUUCCCAUCGCCUUUCAGUUUAAGACAAAUUUUUCUGUCCCCUGUUAUAUUUAGCUGCUAUCUCCUGUGAACAAAUUCCUCGCCAGGCUAGUUAUCCAGGAGUGUUUGAUAUUUGCAAUUUCAAUUUGAAAAUUUUCAAACUUUACAUGUAGUGAC